AUGUCAAUGGACGGACUCCAGAAACCACACGUGGCGGUGUUGGCAUUUCCUGCACUGGGUCACUACAUUCCUCUGUUGGAGCUCUCAAGGCUUGUUGGGUCCCAAAAUCUGACAGUCAGCUUUGUCACCACUCCAGCCAACGUACCCCGCUUUCAGGACUUCAUUGAUGAAGCUCUAAACUGCGGUAUCGAUCUUCGCCUUCUAGUCCUUCCUACGCCACACGUGGAAGGCUUACCAGAGGGCCGAGAAAGCACCGACGUUUGUCCCCCGGAGUCCCAUGGAAGCAUCUUUGCGAUGGCCAGAAAGCUCCAAGAGCCCUUCGAUGCUUGGAUGGAACUGCAGUUCAAAGAACAGGAACUGGCGGCGCCGCCAGUCUGUGUGGUGUUCGAUUCGUUCAUGGGGUGGGCGCGACAGAGCGCCGAAAAGUUUUCGAUUUCUUGCGUGGAGUUUAAUCCCGUUGGAGCGUUUGGAGCCAGCGCGACGAACUCAGCCGCGCGUUCGAUCAUGCAGCGGGUGUUGGAGAAACAAGGGGAGGAUUGUCUUGUGUUGAGCUUGGAUCUUCCCAGGCCCGUCAGAUUUAAAAGGAAUGAGAUAAACCAAGACUACUGGAGUCCAGAUGAGAUGAAUCCGAUCACGAAGUUUGUUUUGCCGAUGUUACAGAUCGUUAGUAAAGGCGUGUCGGGAAUGCUACUAAAUACUUUCAAAGAGUUGGAGUCUGAUUAUGUCGAGCACCUGAGAAACCUGACGGGAAAACCAGUGUGGGCUAUAGGACCCCUGCUUCCGAUGAGUUAUUUUGGGGGAGCCGGUAAUAAGUUAAGCACGCGCGGGAAAAUGGCGGACAUACCGGCAGAUGAGCUUUUGCAGUGGCUGGACUCUCAGAAGACCGCUUCGGUUGUGUAUGUUUCAUUUGGGAGCGUUGUUAAACUUUCUAAAGAACAAACAAAGGCCUUGGCGAGAGGGCUAGAAGGCAGCAAACAGCACUUCGUGUGGACUAUCAAAGUUACGCAUUCCGGGAGGUCGGGAAAUGCAGAGUAUCUUCCAGAGGGCUUUCUGGAGCGAACGAAGGACCGAGGAGUGGUCAUAUGGGGCUGGGCCCCGCAGCUCUUGAUUCUUUCCCAUCCUUCCGUAGGGGCAUUCAUGAGCCACUGCGGGUGGAACUCUGUGCUGGAGAGCUUAACUCUUGGAGUGCCCAUAGCCGGAUGGCCUAUGUUUGGGGAACAGUUUCUUAAUAUGAGAACUAUGGAGGAAAUGGGUGUGGGGAUUCAAUUCUGUGAGCAUCCCGGUGGGGUUCCAGACGAAGAAAAGGUGGGGGAGGUUUUAAGGCAGGUGCUUAGUGAUGACAAGGGCAAAGAGAUGCGAACGGCUGCGCAGAAGGUGAAGGAGAUGGCCAGAAAAGCUGUUGGAGAUGGAGGAUCUUCGAAAGCAAAUGUCCAGGGGUUCGCAAGUGAAAUGCGCAAGCUGCUGAAGAUGAGACAAGAACAAUCAAGUUUGCCCUAA